AAUUAUUAUUACAGUAUUUAAUAUACAAUACGACUAAACAAUAAUCAAUUACUAAUUGAUCCCAAGAUAUAUCAUAUCAUCUCAUAAAUGACUACUUUCUGGGGGCCGGCCGUCGCCGACCAACAACUGGACAUCGCAUCGGUUACCGCACGACUAAGUCAGUUGUCCAACGAAGAGCUAAGACAAUUUCUUACCGACGAUGACGGCAGCGGUGGUCGAUGUCAUCGAUUAGACGAAAUGAUCAGAGAGUUGCCGCAGAUCCAAUCGAUGGAAUCGGAACGCGAUCGGCUGAUUGAGGCCAACCGGACAGCCGCACAGCAUAACCUAUCGCGCGAACCAGUCUAUCGGCAGAAACGUCAGCAACUGGUCGACGGUCAUCGGGAGCUGACGGCACUCAAAGAAGAAAUUGACGAGAAAAAGUCACGACUGGACGAAACAGCCCGUCAGACAUCGCUGGACACUCGGCUGGCGCUGAUGCAGACGGCAACUGCCGAAGCCGAAGAACAGAGCGAAGAUCUGGCCUCGGCUUUCAUAAACUCUGACAUAUCGUUUGAACAGUUUAUCAAAGAGUUUGUCGAUCGGCGAAAGUUGGCUCAUUUGCGCCGCAUUAAGACCGAAAAGAUGAUGGACUGUAUACGUCGGGAGACCAACAACGGUGGUAGUGGUUUGGGUGUUGGCGGUCAGUCGCUGUCCAAUCUGACACCGUUACGGCCGGCGCCACCGCCCCCUCAGCAGCCAACGUUGCCGUUUUCACAGCCGGGCGGCGGUGGCGGAGCCGGCAGUGGUCUACGCGAAUAUGUUCAGCCACCGUAUCCGGUGUACGGCAGUGGCGGCGCCGGUGGCCCGCAAAUGAUGCCACAGAUGCCGCCGCAACCGCUGCCACAACAAGUAGUACCGCAACAGUCGUCGAUUAGCUAUCCGUUUAGUCAGUCGUUUAGAUAACUAAUUAUUUGGUCUAAAGACUGACUGAGAGAUCAGUUGUUGUUUUUUU